AUGCGCAAUGCCGUAUUUGCCAAUGUGGCUCAGCGUUCCAUCCGUACCAUUGCUCGCAAUGUGUUUACUCAUCUUCUUGCCAUGGAUCUGAGCUGGCAUCUUAGUCGUCAAACUGGUGGCCUGACCCGUGCCAUUGAUCGUGGCACCAAGGGUAUUGCAUUUUUGCUUCAAUCCAUUGUCUUCCAUAUCGUACCUACUGCAUUGGAGAUUUCAUUGGUUUGCGGGAUCCUCACCUACAACUGCGGUGCAUCUUUCGCUAGUGUGGCUGGCCUAACCAUGUUGGCUUAUGCUUGGUUCACGGUUCGCACUACGAGCUGGCGUACACAAUUCCGCCGGCAAGCCAACGCAGCUGAUCAGCGCGGUGCUACAACGUCGCUUGACUCUUUAAUUAACUUUGAGUCGGUGAAAUACUUUAACAAUGAACAGCAUGAGAUCAAGAAAUAUGAUCUUGCAAUGAAGGACUACGAAACAGCUAGCGUUCGCGUGGCCACAAGUCUUGCUGCUUUGAACUCUGGCCAAAAUGCUAUUUUUUCCACCAGUUUGACACUAAUGAUGUUGAUGGCAGCACAGGGUGUCGCUAAUGGUACCAUGACCAUCGGUGAUUUAGUCAUGGUGAACCAAUUGGUAUUCCAGCUCUCACUGCCUUUAAACUUUUUGGGCUCUGUAUACCGUGAGCUUCGUCAAAGCUUGAUUGACAUGGAAACAAUGUUUAACCUGCAAAAGCAACAGACGACUGUGAAAAACAAAGAAAAUGCACCGGUAUUGCCGCCUGUUCGGGGCGAGAUUCGUUUCGAGAAUGUGACAUUUGGAUACCACCCUGAUCGUCCCAUCCUGAAAAACUGCUCGUUUACGAUCCCUGCGGGCAGCAAAACAGCCCUAGUUGGUCCGUCAGGUUGUGGUAAGUCGACCAUUUUCCGCCUUUUGUUCCGCUUCUAUGAUCCCCAAGGUGGUAAGAUUUAUAUUGAUGGACAAGAUAUCGCCAAUUAUGAUUUGGAAAGUGUAAGAAAAGCCAUCGGUAUUGUACCUCAAGACACAACACUAUUUAAUGCAUCUAUUUGGGACAAUGUGAAGUAUGGUCGUCUCUCUGCUACCGAUGAUGAAGUACGUCACGCUGCUAAACUCGCUCAUGUGGAUCGUAUUGUGGCCAAUUUACCUAAUGGCUAUGACACUUUGGUGGGUGAGCGUGGUCUAAUGAUUUCUGGUGGCGAGAAGCAGCGCUUGGCUAUUGCACGGAUGCUUCUGAAAAAUCCUAGCAUUUUCUUCUUUGAUGAGGCUACAUCUGCAUUGGAUUCGCACACUGAGACAGGUUUGAUGCGAAAUGUGAACAGUCUAUUGCAGGACAUGCAUCGCACCUCCAUCUUUAUAGCCCACCGUCUUCGGACGAUUGAGGACUGUGAUUUGAUCCUGGUCUUGAACCAAGGUCAUGUCGUUGAAAAGGGUACGCAUGAUUCUCUUAUGGCGGAAGAUGGCCUAUACACUGGACUGUGGCAAGCCCAGAGCGAACGUAUCAACCAGGAAGAGCAGGAAACGAAACAAGAAAACCCUCAGCAAUAG